AUGAACCUAACGCGAGAAAAUUUUCGGUCAAUGAUUUAUUAUGACUUCCGUUGUGGGCUUACUCAACAACAAAACUAUGAUAGGCUGCGAUUAGCAUUUCUUAAUGAAGCCCCAUCUCGUGCCACUAUUUACAGUUGGUUUAACGAGUUUAAGCGUGGACAUAGCAAUCUCAAUGAUGAUCCGCAUGAGGGACGUUCUUUAACAGCGACUACUGAAGAUAUCAUCAGUGCUGUGCGACGUGUGAUACAGGAAGAUAAAAGAGUGACCUAUCAGCAGAUACGGGCAAGCCUAGGCAUUGGUAUGAAUCAAGUUCAAAAAAUAUUACACGAACAGUUAGGCGUAAGGAAGCUUUGUACCAGAAGGAUUCCCCAUACUUUAACCGAUGACCAGAAACACCUUCGCAUGGACUGGUGUCGCCAAAUGUUAGAUAAGUUCAAUAGAAGAGACCCCUAA